CGGCCGAUUACCUUGUCUGAUCUACACUUCUUUGGCUGGCCUUGGUUGUGGUUUCUGACACACUUUCUCUCGACUUUUGUCCCACCGACGCAACGCAGACUAUCAUUCAAAUUUGGAACUGUGCUAGGAGGAGAUCCAUGUCGAGAUGACCGCAGACGUUGGAACUAGCUCUCAGCCAAGGAAUUCGAAGGAAGAAGGGGGGAGCGUGUUGGACAUUAGCCUUGGAGAAGUACGGAAAGGAGAGACUUCGAGCUUAACGGGAGAAGGAUCAACGAAUAAUGCAACGGCGGACGACUCGUUCGCAGUCCAGGACCAAACGCUCGUUGACGGUGUCAACAGCAAUGUUUCCGGUUCACAGCAGUCGCCUUCGAGAGCGGAACACCAGCAACACACAAAAUCCCCGUCAAGUUCUUCAGUUUUGUCUUCUUCGAAAGUUAAGGAGAAGGAAGUAAUGCCGACGGCGGCGACCAACGCCUACAGCGGAGCUUGGGACAUUACAAGCUGGAAUCCAAGUGGAAAGAGCAAAACUGGGGAUACAUCCUUCUCGACGAACCACGAUACAACUCUGGUCGCAGGUUCUGGUGCCGACCAGACAGUGGACAUUGCUCUCGCUACGUUAAGGAAGGAAGGCGACGAAGCAGGAGCCAGGAAAGCUGAGAAUUCGGAUUUCCUAAAGCCUUCGGAUGGCGGAGAAGUGGAAGGCGGAAGCGGCGCGAACCUUGCACCCAAACCGUCACCAACACCGUCCAGACGUCCUUCAGCACUUCAACUCAAACCGCCUUCACCACAACCUUGGGAUCUUGUCGAACCGCCAGAAGGACCUAUGAAGGGAAGAAGUGUCAACGAGCUUUCGCCCGCAGACAUUUCGCAGAAAUUUGGAGUAACUCCGUAUGUGGUUUUCUCGACUAAGUUGGAUGUAACAUUGACAUUCUCGCCUUUGCUCUAUUGUCGGCUUUUUUGA